AGGCGAGGUCAGCUUAGGUCACACACACUCGCUUCCUCUCGUAGGUCAAAGUUCGCUCUCCAGGAUGAUUAAAUACAUCUUCACACUCGCCUGCGUCUGGGCGUCGUCCCUGGGAGCCCCUGACGUCGGCUCCCUCAGCCAAGCCUACAUCCCCCCCAAGCUCACCCCCUCCCCGCUCCCCCUGGCUCCCUCCUCCCCCAAGCCCAUGCAGGACAUGAACGACCUCCCCGUCUGCUUCCCGAAGACGCACUUCGUCACCCUCACCUCCACCCAGGUCGUACCUUCGCUCGUCUACAACACCCGGACCCUGCUCGUCCCUACGACGGUGUCUCAGGACGUCACCAAAUGGAACGUCUGGACAUCAACUGAAUUCGUGACGCAGACCCUGACGGCCUAGCUCCUGACGGCGACCAAGUACGUCACUCAAGCCCAGUUCUUCACGGAGACAAGUUACGUUACCAGCACCGAGUCAAAGUUCUUUACAGAAACUUUGGUGGCCACGGACUUCACCACCAAGACGCUGCCGGUAACCACGUACGAUACCUUUACAUCCACUUACUAUUCCACCAAGAUCCACAGGCAUACUGAUUUCGUCACGACCACACAGUACAAACACGUGACGCAAACCGAGCGUCACCCCCACUACCUCACCCAGACUCUGACGUCACAGUACCGCGUCUACGAGACCGUCACCCAGACCGUGACGCAGAACGAAUACGUCACGGAAACGUCACUCCACUUCCAGACCAAUUACAUCUCCAAGUGCUCGCCCAAGGCCCAGCCCACGCAUUACGGGGGCUAUGGUUACUAGGCUAUCUGGGCUACGGGGCUAAAAUAGGACUAUGAGGCUCAGUUGGACUACGGGGUUUGCGAGUUUGGUUUGGCUGCGGGCCUACGAGACUCGUUGGGUUCGUAGAUAAUGGGUGUUUCUGAGGCUACGAGGCUGGUUAGACUACGAGGCUAGCCUAAUUGGUUGUGAGGCUAACUAGGCUACGAAGCUACUAGGACCUGUAGGUUACGAUGCUACUAAGCCAAUUAGGCUACUUGGCUACGGGCCUCAGAAGCUCCAUGUAGGCUUUUCUAAAUGAUGACGACGAUAAACUUGAUAAACUUCUCUGUUGCGACAACGUUAAAGACGCCACUUUGGUUAAGAUGCCCUGAUGCUCGUGUUCUCCGUUUUCUUUGAUGACGAAGAUGCGUUGAUGUUUGUGUUUCCCGUUUUCUUUGACGAGGAAGAUGCGUUGAUGUUCGUGUUUCCCGUUUUCUUUGACGACGAAGAGAGAGAGAGAGAAGAAUGAUGGACGUCGAUUUAAUUCACAAUUCUUCUUGUCUUUUCACA